AGACAGCUCAUUCUUUACGCACGAAGAGGAGCAAAUCAUUGAGUUGGUUGGUGUGCACACGUUUCUUUUCCGGUGGGCAACUGGGUAACGUAGACAUGUUCCAAAGUCGGCGCAGAAAAGCGCGAUUAUUUUCGAUUUAUAAGCAUAUAGAAAAAAAUAAUCGCCUCGUAUUUUAAUAACACGUAAGCGUGACGCUGAUCCGUCGAUAUAUUAACUUAGUUGCGCUGUUGCAGGUUUAAAAUAAGUAACGUUACGCAAAGCUGCCUUCAUCAGAGAAGCAUGAGGCUGUUAAAAUGUGUUGCAGCUGUCGACUACAGGUUACUAUUAAGACAACAAUAUUGAGGUUUAAUUAAAAUUUUGAUUUAUCAAGCAUGGAAUAACGUGCGGAAACUUCAUGUUAGAGAAUAAGCAAGGCUGUGCUCCAUGCCAUGGAUAGGGAAACCUUUCAUAACUGCUGCAGUUUGGUCAAAAUGCCCAGGCAGAGCCACCAACAGCACUGCUCCUCGCACUUCAUUGAGUACAUAGAGAGAGAAAUACCCUACUCCAAAUUCUUCAAGAACUACCUGAUCCCGAAUCAGCCCUGCAUGUUUUCCAAGAAAUUCACAGAAGACUGGAAUUGCAGGAAAAACUGGGUCACGGCCGAUGGCAAACCCAACUUCCAAAGACUUCUGCAUGAAUUUGAUGAGACUCCUGUUCCUGUUGCAAACUGCAGUGCAAAAGAAUACAACUCCAACCCGAAGCAGAUCAUGCCUUUUAAGGAGUUUAUCCAGUACUGGAGAGAGUUCAUUCAGAACGGGCAUUCUUCACCCAGAGGAUGUCUUUACUUAAAGGACUGGCAUAUGCAAAGGAACUUCCCUGAACAUAAUACUUACAAGACCCCAGUUUACUUCUCCUCUGAUUGGCUGAAUGAAUACUGGGACACAAUUGAAGUGGAUGAUUAUCGGUUUGUCUACAUGGGUCCUAAGGGGUCAUGGACACCUUUCCAUGCAGACGUGUUUCGCUCUUACAGUUGGUCUGCCAACAUCUGUGGAUGUAAGAAAUGGCUCCUGUACCCUCCAGGCCAAGAGGAGUUCCUUCGGGACUGUCAUGGCAACCUAGCUUAUGAUGUAACAGCACCCGUACUUCAAGACAAGGGUCUGUAUCCACAGUUUGAAGAGGCCUGUCAGCCUUUAGAGAUCAUUCAAGAGGCUGGGGAGAUAAUCUUUGUACCUAGUGGUUGGCAUCAUCAAGUUUACAAUUUGGAGGACACCAUUUCCAUCAAUCAUAACUGGCUGAAUGGCUGUAAUCUGGAUAUCAUGUGGCAGUUUCUGCAAGAAGAACUUUCUUCUGUCCAGAGAGAAAUUGAGGAAUGGCGUGAUACUAUGGAUACCUGGCAUCAGCAUUGUCAGGUGAUCAUGAAAUCGUGUACAGGAAUCGAUUAUGGAGAGUUUGCCUCUUUCCUCAAGACUAUUGCAAGUAAUCGAAUGUCCUUUUUGAAUUCGUGUCCCAGAAAUGCAGAUGAUUGCCAAGACCUCCUUGCCAAAAGUCUGUUUGCUUUAGGCCCUCAGCAUGCGGCCUUUGACCUUCAGAGAGUAUUGCAUAUAUUUGAGAGCAUGCUUAGCAAUGAAGACUUUAAGAGACUUGACCCUUCAGCUCUGAGCUUCAAACCUGAGGAACUGCUUCAGGAGAUCAGAGAGGCUGUUCGAACUAUUGUAUAAAACCUAUACUGUAUGUGAAAAUUCAGCUAUGACAAAUGCUAAUAAAUUCUUUUAACAUA